CCUCAGAAGAGUCCAUCGCCAGCUGUUGGCUCUCUUAUCUCUUGACUAUUCUUCAUUCCCACCCAGACAUCAUUCAUGUCCUCCUGGUCUCUUCCUCCAUCGCCAUUGGAGUGCCUCGUUGUACGUCCUCGCCACACGCUCUUAUUGCAUACAUCCUCAUUCAUGCCACGUCUAAGCAGAGGGCACAAAAAAGUGGGUUUCGGUGGGAUUUGUCUGGAUUACCUGGCUGUUCUGUCCACUUUCCCCAAGCCUGAUGACAAAACCAGAUGCAGGAGCAUGAAAGUUCAAGGGGGCGGAGAUGUGGCGAACGCUUUAACUUGUUUGGCUCGUCUGGGCGUGACAGCAAGGCUUAUUUCUAAGAUUGCGGAUGACGUCCACGGUAAGAGCCUGUUGGAGGAGCUAAGGGCUGAUGGUGUAGAUGCCUCUUUUCUCGUGGUUGCCAAGGAUGGACGAACGCCGUUUUCCUAUGUUAUUGUUGACCAAUCAACGAGAACACGUACUUGCAUUUUUACACCGGGAUUCCCUCUCAUGGAACCGGCUGACGUUUGCCCAGGCUUAACAUCUGCAGUCAAAGGAGCAAGAUUUGUCUACUUUGAUGCAAGAUACACAGAUACUGCAGUAGUUGUUGCCAGAGAGGCAGCAAGGCAAAAUAUACCCAUUCUCCUCGAUGCGGAAAAGAGAAGACCGGGAUUGGAUGAUCUUCUUGACUUAUCCGAUUACGUCGUAUGUUCAGCCAAAUUUCCAAAGGCAUGGACAGAGGCACCAUCUAUGCCCAGUGCCCUUAUAUCCAUGCUUCUUAGAUUACCAAAACUGAAAUUCGCCAUCGUGACCUUGGGGGAACAUGGAUGCCUGAUGCUGGAGAGAUCAUCAGAAGCAGAGAACCCGCUGAUGGGCGAAGAAGAUGCCGAUAGCUUAUUGCAUUCUUUGGAGCAAGAAAAAGAUGAUAGUGUAGCCCCACCAAUGUGCAUUUCCUCAAGAGUGGCGAAAUUGAAAGCAAACGGAAUUGGGACAUUGACCGGUAGAUUGUUCGUGUGCACAGCUGAGAAAAUACCACCAUCAGAACUAGUUGACACAACUGGCGCCGGCGAUGCUUUCAUCGGAGCUAUUCUCUAUGCGUUGUGUAUGAACAUGCCCCCGGAAAAAAUGCUUCCAUUUGCUGCCACGGUGGCGGCUGCCGGGUGCAAGGAAUUGGGGGCUAGAACUGGUCUUCCCUACAGGAACGAUCCAUGUUUGGCUCCGUUUUUAGGACAAACGGGCAAGUCUGCGAAAUCAAACGGAGAAUGCCUUCCGUGUAACGGUCACGUCAUGUUGCACACCAAUAUGGUAUCGGCAUCUGGUUGUGCGUCAGGUGUUUGAAGAAGAAGAUGCAAUCAAUGCGGACACUUUUUUAUGUAA